UAUUGUUCAAUGAGCUGGACUGAGUACCGUGGUGUGUAGUGGUGUCUAUGCUAGUUCUAAGUGCAUGAAUUUUUAAAAAUUUAAUUUUCAUGCGUAGUGCGCAGAAAGACAUAAAAAAACGUAGUUUAACAUUUGUCAUGUUUGCAGAGAAGAUGUAAAUGACUACGAAUUUUAGAAAAUAGCAACCUAAAACUUCAGUAAAGAUUGUCACAUUUACACACAGAGAAAAGAUUGUUCUUAAAUGAUGUUCACCAGAAUGAUUGUUUCUCGUUUAAUGGUAUGUAUAAGCAUUUAUUUGUAGCUUAUGUGACAAUUCCUGUGUAUACUUGUAACUACUACUAAAACUACUGAUCUCACUAGUAAACAUGUAUCUUAACAACAAAGAUUUUUUUACUACGAUUUUUAAAUAUUAUCGUCUCUCGUGGAGUAGGUCGUAGGUCCGCCCAUGUAAUGGAAUAUUUCCUGGCAUUAUCGCCGUUCUGCGAAGUUCAAGUACAUCAAAGCUGCGUUAUAUCUGGAACUAUAACCAUGAUUUUAUAACAGUUCUUGUUACUCACAAAAACAAACCUGUGCGAUAAGAUCUAAAGUAAGUUAUUUUAAAUUGCAUUUCGGAUUUUAGCCAUCAAAAACCACCAUAUCUAGUAAUAUACAGAUAAGAAGUCAAGACUCAAAUAUAUAUAUGUUAAGUAAUUUUGUUUAGUGUUACUUGCAUGAAGUUAUGUUCUUCGGUGUGUGAUGGAUUAAUUGGGCCGCCUGUCUUCGAUAAUUGUGACGUCAGCGCCAAAUGUGCAGUACUGAACAGGGUCACUCAAGCGUGAUUUUCACUACAAAAUGGGCAGUGGUCAGUCAAGCAGCAAGAAAGCAUCAUACCAGUUACAUCAAGAAGCCUUGAACAAAGACGAAGUGAGUUUGGAAGACUUUCAAAUACUCCGAGCCAUAGGAAAAGGAAGCUUCGGAAAGGUCUGUAUCGUUCAGAAGAAAACCACAGGCAAGAUGUAUGCGAUGAAAUACAUGAGUAAAACCCAGUGUUUCAAAAAGGACGCUUUUCGGUAUGUGCUGAAAGAAAUCGAAAUAUUAUCAACCCUAGACCACCCAUUCAUAGUCAACCUGUGGUUUACUUUUCAGGAUGAUGAAGAUAUGUUUAUGGUGGUUGACCUCCUUCUGGGCGGUGAUCUAAGAUACCAUAUACAGCACAGUGGUGUAUUUAAUGAAAGCAGAGUUUCUUUCUAUGUCUGCGAGGUGGCUCUGGCGUUGGACUAUUUACAGUCAAAGAAUAUAAUCCACAGAGACAUCAAACCAGACAAUAUCUUGUUGGACGACGAAGGUCACGCGCACGUUACAGAUUUCAACGUCGCCACUGUGCUUAAGGAAGGAAGAUUAGCUACUACAAUCUCGGGAACAAAACCGUACAUAGCUCCAGAAGUAUUUCAGUGUGGACUAGGAAAAAAUCAAGGUUAUUCUUACGCUGCAGAUUGGUGGUCUCUAGGAGUCUGUGGGUUUGAAAUGUUGCGUGGGAAGCUCCCGUAUGAAAUCCAUUCUGGUACACCAGAAGAAGAAGUGUUACAGAUGGUGGAGAGUACUUGCUUACGUUUUCCACGUGAAAUUAGCAAAGGGAUGGCUGAGUUACUAAAAAGGCUGCUGCACGCCGACCCUAAACAGCGAAUAUCAAGCCUAGAACAGAUGAAGCAGCAUCCAUUUUUAACAACAAUCGAUUUUACCUCUCUCUAUAACAAAAAACUCACACCAUCCUUCAUUCCGUCGAAACAUCAUUUGAACUGUGAUCCGACCUUUGAACUAGAGGAGAUGAUAAUAGAAUCCAAACCACUACAUAAAAAGAAGAAAAGGCUUUCAAAACGAAACUGUGGAAAGGAAGGCACUACUGGAUCUGGCAGUGGAGAAGAAAUGACGCCUCUACAGUUACGUCUAGAAUCUAUUAAAAAGGAUUUUAUAGUUUACAAUAGAGAAAAGGAACUUAAAAAACAAGCCAAGGCAGACGACGAUGAAUAUAGGUAGGCCUAUAUUAGGAACAGAGUCUGCGUGAACUGAUGUAAUACAUUAUUUAAACGCUCUUAUUGUGACGUUGAAAUAUACCUUCAAAUAUUCUCUCCUUUCAAUCAACCAUUGUUUUGUUUUUUUCACGUGUUGCAUGUGCAUUGUUUUAUAACAAAGAAAGUUUAUGCAUGGAAGCCUUCUUACAUAAAGGUUUUCACGCACAAAAAAUGAGUUCUUCGACAUAAACCGUAUCCAAACAAAGCAAUUGUGAAAGUAUACGCAACAACGAAGGAGGACUCUCUCUCGCCCAUAAACCUUAGCGUGGUGUAAUAUGAACAUAACACUGAUUUUGGUGUUGAGUAUUUCUAACCCUCCUUUUUAUAAUUGAACAUAGAAAGAAACAUAUAAAGCUACGUGAUACUUCUUAAAAUAAAAUAUUAUUGUUAUAAACUAUUACUUAUCGAAUAAUAUAUCAAGAAAACAUCGCAACUACUCUUAGAACGAAAGCAAAACUUUCAGAUUUAAAGUUCUCAAGAGAAUAGCUCUUGCCAGUAAAAAAUAAUACCUUGGAGUUCCCUCUUCCUUGCAUUAUAACUCGUGUAUCCUAGAAGUCGAAAUUUCUCAUGGUGACUGUACCAUUAUAACUCGUGUAUCCUAGAAGUCGAAAUUUCUCAUGGUGACUGUACCAUUAUAACUCGUGUAUCCUAGAAGUCAAUAAUUCCUUGGAGUUCCCUCCUCCUUGCAUUAUAACUCGUGUAUCCUAGAAGUCGAAAUUUCUCAUGGUGACUGUACGCUACACUACUCUGAUGGAGAAGAACGGAAGUUACUCUUGAAAAUCAUAUGUUCUUCCUAAACGACGUGCUCAUACGAAAUAUGUGCAUUGAGAGAAUUUAUGGCUACAACUAAUAUUUCACUGAUGGGAAAUUUUUCCUUGUGUAUCUUGUAUAUAAUUAUGUAUUGAGUUAUAUUAAAAAUUUAGUCAAUCUGA